AUGCCUGCGACAAGGACACAAGACCGGCCGAGCCGCCCUCGACAAGAUCCGGUGUCAUGUUUGCUAUGCCGGCAGAAGAAGCUGAAGUGCGAUCGCCAGAGACCAUGUUCCAACUGCCAGAGCCGCAGGGUUGCUUGCGAGUUCAAAGGCGAACGACCUCUUUCAGCAGGCAGGACGAUCAUCGUAGACGACAGUGACAUUCGAGCAGAAAAUCAAUCAAUGAAGGCACGUCUCCACCGACUGGAACAAGCUGUAUUUGGACAUGGCCAUCCAUAUCAGCACCCGCGCACUCCCUCGAUCACCUCGCCUAUGGAUCAGAACCAUGCCCCUUCCAAGACCACGCCUCCGAGAGCUCAGACUGAAGCUGAAGUGUUAGAUGAGGACUCCGCAUGGCUGGAGACAAUGGGUGCCCGAGCUGACACCGUGUUGCCUGAAUUUACGGAGAGAGUCAUCGUCAGCCCGCAGUCUGUUGAUCAGGCACUGUCAUCGGAGAACUCCACGUCACACCGAAGGACAAUUAUUGUACCAACGUAUGAUGUCGCCUUGGCUUUCCUGGACGCUUAUGCCGAGCAUCUUGAUGCCAUGCAACAUAUUAUGCACAUCGAUAGCGCUCGAUCAUGCAUCGAGCAUACUUACAGAAAAAUCAAAGCCGGACAUGAGCUUGAUCCCGGAGCGCUCACUUUGAUUCUUGGCAUUUGCGCGAGUGUUGGAUUCUACUGGAAUGUCGGAUCAUCAUCUGGACAGUCAUUAUUCAGCGACCAGCAAACAGCUCUGAAAGCCUCCAAGGUCUGGGCCAAGCAGAGUCUCUACGCUACAGAGCAGAUGCGACUGUCUACGAUCACCAGCACACUCGAGGGUGUACAGGGCUGCAUUAUCCUCAUGUUUAUAUACUAUCAUAUGGAAGGCUUAACACCAAGGGUGAGACUGAUGCUUGCCACCGCGAUCACAGUGGCCCGAGACCUGGGCUUGCACAAGACAGACGCUCCAGGGACCUCCCAACCAACAGCGACGCAGGCAGAUCUCAUCGACAUCGAGGUUCGAAGAAAAUGCUGGUGGCAUUUAACUUGCACUGACUGGUUCAUGUCCUUCAUUUCUGGCCCACAAGAAGGCAUGUACUGCAUCAGCCCGAACCAUAUGAGCGUCAAGCUGCCUCGGAAUUUGAAUCCAGACGAUCUCAACACGAAAGGCGCAGAGUUCUCUCGAGGUCUUGAGGAACCCACGGUCAUGUCAUAUUACCAUCAGCGGAUCAAGCUUGGGAUGACUUGUCGUGAGGUAGCAGAUGCUCUAUGGUCCUCCUUUCACGUUUUGGAGCCCGAGACGAUAGACUACACCAUUGUAGCCACGCUCGAUGCCAAAUUCGAACGACAACUCAAUGAGCUCCCACGGUUCUUGCGCCUCGACAUUCCGACGCAUCAACUUCACCGCGAAUAUGGAAGCAUGUACACCCCACAGAUCUCUAUGCAGUCGGUCAUGGCCAAUCUCAUGAUCAACACGAGAAGAUGCAAGUUGCACCUCCCGUUCCUGGUCCGGGCAAAGCAUAAUCCACGCUUCGAGUUUUCCCACAGGGUGGGACUACAAGCAGCACGAGCAGUCUUCGAAGCAAGAAGGCGCGUAAUGGAGGAUGAGCCGACUUUUGACGGUGCCAGAGCUCUCCGUUUGGGCGGCAUCCUUCAACACAUUUUCUAUGCGACAGCGGUCCUGGUCAUGAAUCUUUGCGUCAAUCGUGAGGACGAUCAAGCCCAAAUCGAAGAAGUCAAGUACGCCUUGAAAGUAAUGGAAGACUCAAGGCAUACUUCGCAGAUGGGAAAUCGCUUUUAUGACUCACUAAUGGCAAUUCUCCGCAAGCAUCAUGUGAAGUUGUCGAGCAACGAGUCAGUCGUGCAGACCGCUGGCGGACCAGGUCAGCCUAUAAAUGGAACAAGUGGUUAUGAGCCCGCUUCAUCCAUGCCUGCCAUGCAAGAUAUCAAUGGCGAGUUCGAAUUCGAUGGAAUGUGGCAGGAUUUAAUGGACAGUGGACCCAUGUUAAAUCCUCGGGAAUGGGAUGCGCUUCUUAGCGACCUUGAUAUGCGAGUCGGGUAGGUGCAUUCUGACACGGGCUCGCUUCCAAACCAUACUGGAUCCAGCUUGAGCGCUCGUGCGAGAGCUUUGCAUGAUGCAUCGGAACCUC